AUGGUCACUGGAUGCAAGGAAUGGUUGGACACCGUCGGGAAGGAGGCGGGCCUGGUCCCCGGCGAUGCCAGCAUUGCGUGUGGAGCCGUUGGCGCUCCGGAGUCCCGCAUAGAGUUAGAGGUGGAGUUCCAGUCGUUCGGGGACCUGGAGGCCUUCUGGAAGAGAAUACCACAAGACAAGCAGCAAGACUGGAGUGAGGGAAUGGAGAGGCUGGUGGUGGAUGGCAGUCCCCAGUGGAGUGUGUACUACUCUGUGCCAUCGACUGGGCAGCUAGUCUUGGCGACUGCUGAGAGCAGCCUGGAUGCUGCAGCAGCGCAAGGCAGGCAGGACGCCAAGGAUGACGACACACUGAUGGCCAUUCUCCACGGUGCCCUUGAGACCACUUCUUCGCCGCCCUCUGCGGGCCCCACUGUGGAUGCGGACGUUGGCGAUGAGCCGUGUGAGUCAUCAGACGCCAACAAACAAGUUGUGCUGGACUGGAAAGGAGAUCCAAUGGUUAUUAACCCAAAUGACAAUCUGCCAUUGGGAUUCUAA